AAGCAAGUGCUCAUGCUUGAGUAACACUUCCUUCCCACAAAGAAUGAGCAAGUGGCCUCAAGAGCUCGGGUGCCCAAGCUGUUGCUGUCAGUGACCCAGAUUGAGCAAAACGAGCUGCUACAGACACUGAGCUACGGGCCCAGCUUCUCCCAUGCGCACUGUGAAGCUGCAUAGUGCUUGAGGGGGGCAGUCCACAGCUGCGUGGCCCCUCUAGGUGAGUGGAGCAAGGCUCUGUGUGGGAAAUGAGCUCGAAGGACUUCCAGGCAGAUGGGAUGCCCUUCUGAGAAGGGAAAAGGUAGUUCUUGUUCCACCCUUGGCAUCAGGUCUAGGUGGCUGGCAUGGGAUCCUGCUUCCUCUUAACAGUUCUUCAUUUUCUCUGAGUGACCAAUGAAAGUUCCAGAGAAAAAUGCAUGUAUAAAUACACAAGAUUGCAAGGGGUUUAUGGAAUGGGUUAUACUAAUAAAUACAUGCUUGGGCUCUGAACUCAAGACUGCCUAGACUCAGAAUCUGACGCUGAGACUGUGCCAACUAUCAGCCACAUGCCGUGAACAAGUUACUUGGCCUCUCUGAACCCUUCCUCUUCUGCAAAAUGAUAAUAGUAAUUUCUUCACGGGGCUGCUGUAAGGUUUGAUGAGAUAUUACAGACAAAACCUCUUGGCUCAGUGUCUCCGUAAUAUCCAUGAUCGUGAUGAUCGUAAAGACCUUCGCAAAGAAACCGGCAGAGAAGCUGAGAUUUCUAGCCUGUAAGAUGUACUUUGAGUGCUAUUAGCCUUUAGAAACAUCAGAUAACAAAGGAAAGGGUGGGUAUGGAAUUCUGAUAAUCGGAAUGACCAAUUAUGGCAACCUUGUGAAGAGUUGGAAGAACUUUGCCCCCUCCUUUCACAUCUCACUAAAAGAGUAAAGUUCAACACAGCUCUGCCAUGUGGGAAGCUAAAGAGCAUGUAUCGAGUUCUACUCGUCAAAUUCUCCUCCCGCUGCAGGCUCACCAUAUCCAAGACGACCCCAGGCGCAGUUCCUUUUAUCAUUCCAGUAGUUGCCCAUUGAAGGUUCAAAGUUUCCAGGGAAACUUGUUGGCCACUCGCAGAACUGUACGCAUCGGCUUCAGGUGUGGCCCCAUCCCGGGAGCUGUGGCAAAGGCAGAGGUGCCUGACAGUGGUGCUGAGCCCAUACAGUCUGCGGUGAGGGGCGCAUUUCCUGUGCCCAGGAAGGGAGAGGAUCCUCACCAGGCCUCAAUUUCCUGCUACUAUUCACAAAGAUGCUUUUUAUCUUUAACUUCUUGUUUUCCCCACUUCCAACCCCGGCACUGAUCUUCAUCCUGACCUUUGGAGUUGGCAUCUUCCUGUGGCUGGUCAACAGACCUCACGAUGUCUUGCCUGUAGUUGAUCUGAACAACCAGUCAGUGGGAAUUGAGGGAGGAGCACGGAAAAAUGCUCGCCAGAAGGACAAUGACCUGCUAAGCUACUACUUCUCAGAUGCCAAGACGAUGUACGAAGUUUUCAAAAGAGGACUUGCUGUGUCUGACAAUGGGCCUUGCUUGGGGUAUAGAAAACCAAACCAGCCCUACAAGUGGCUGUCCUACAAACAGGUGUCUGAUCGAGCAGAGUACCUGGGCUCCUGUCUCCUACAUAAAGGAUACAAGCCAUCCCAAGACCAAUGUGUUGGCAUCUUUGCUCAGAAUAGGCCAGAGUGGAUCAUCUCCGAGUUAGCUUGUUACACGUACUCCAUGGUAGCCGUCCCCCUGUACGAUACCUUGGGAGCAGAGGCCGUCAUAUACAUUAUCAACAAGGGUGAUAUCGCCAUGGUGAUCUGUGAUACACCCCAAAAGGCAUCAGUCCUGAUAGACAAUGUGGAGAAGGGCCUCACUCCAGGCCUGAAAAUAAUCAUCCUCAUGGAUCCCUUUGACGAUGACCUGAAGCAAAGAGGGGAGAAAAGUGGGCUUGAGGUCUUAUCCUUCUGUGAUGCUGAGAAUACAGGCAAAGAGAAUUUCAGAAAACCCAUGCCUCCUGAACCAGAUGACCUAGGCAUCAUCUGCUUCACCAGUGGGACCACAGGUGACCCCAAAGGAGCCAUGAUAACCCAUAAAAAUGUUGUUUCAAAUGCUGCAGCUUUUCUCAAAUGUGUUGAGUAUACGUUUCAGCCCACCCCUGAGGAUGUGGCCAUAUCCUACCUCCCCUUGGCUCACAUGUUUGAGAGGGUUGUACAGGUUGUUGUAUACUCUUGUGGAGCCAGAGUUGGAUUCUUCCAAGGAGAUAUUCGGCUGCUGCCUGAUGACAUGAAGACUCUGAAGCCCACCCUGUUUCCUGUGGUGCCCCGACUCCUCAACAGGAUCUACGACAAGGUUCAAAAUGAAGCCAAGACACCCUUGAAGAAGUUCUUGUUGAACUUGGCUAUUUCCAGUAAAUUCAGUGAAGUGAAAAGGGGUAUCAUCAGACGCGACAGUAUCUGGGACCGACUCAUCUUUAAAAAGAUCCAGGACAACCUGGGCGGGAAGGUCCGCAUUAUGGUCACUGGAGCUGCCCCCAUCUCCUCUUCCGUCUUGGAGUUCCUGCGGGCCGCAUUGGGGUGUCCGGUGUUUGAAGCUUAUGGUCAAACAGAAUGCACUGCUGGCUGUACAUUAACAUUACCUGGUGACUGGAGACCAGGCCACGUUGGAGCCCCCCUGGCUUGCAAUCACGUGAAGCUGGAAGAUGUGCCAGACAUGAACUACUUCUCAGUGAAUGGCGAAGGAGAGGUCUGCAUCAAGGGCACCAACGUGUUCAAGGGAUACCUGAAGGACCCGGAGAAGACAGCCGAAGCCCUCGACAGCAAUGGCUGGCUUCACACAGGAGACAUCGCUCGCUGGCUCCCGAAUGGAACUCUGAAGAUCGUUGACCGUAAAAAGAACAUUUUCAAGCUGGCCCAAGGAGAAUACAUCGCUCCCGAGAAGAUAGAAAACAUCUACAGCAGGAGCAGACCAGUGCAGCAAGUUUUUGUGCACGGAGAAAGCUUACGGUCAUCCUUAGUCGCGGUGGUGGUUCCUGACCCGGAAGUGCUUCCUGCAUUUGCAGCCAAUCUCGGGGCUAAGGGCUCCCUUGAAGAGCUGUGCCAAAACCAAACCGUAAAGGAAGCCAUUCUAGAAGACUUGCAGAAAAUUGGGAAGGAAGGCGGCCUUAAGUCCUUUGAACAGGUCAAAAGCAUCUAUCUCCAUCCAGAGCCCUUUUCCAUUAACAAUGGGCUUUUGACACCAACACUGAAAGCGAAGAGGGCAGAGCUUGCCAAGUACUUCCGGCUCCAAAUCGACAGCCUGUAUGAGACUAUCCAGGAGUAGGUUCAGUCCACUGCUGAGCUGGAAGCUGUGGGGAAGGAGCUGAAACAAUGCCAUGUCCCUCUCCAGUGAAUGAAGCAAAGCACUGAGUAAAAGCCUCCUGAACUGGGAACAAAGACCUAUGGGCAGCCUGAAGUCUGCACUGCAGGCUUAUCUUCUGGGGAGGAACCGACUGACCUUUCCUCCAGCGAACUCUGUUCCUGCUCUGGCUUACCCCCGGACAACACGUGCUGCUUCCACUUGUAAAUGUAAAAUCUUUAAAAUAAUAUACUAUU